AUACUCUAUUUGGAAAGUAAAACAUACAUUAAAUGAAAAUUUUUUAUGGAUGUACUUUCCCUUUUUCCUGUAUUUUAACACUGUAUUUUGCUAAAUUCCUAAAUUAUUAAACUACUGUUUCUCUUACAGGGGUGCACUUAAGAACGAAGCAAGCUGAUUUAUGAUAACUAAGUUUUAAACACGAACAACAAGUCUUCAAAAGGUGUAAAAAUUAGGAGCUGCUGACAUUUCAAUCAACAUGAAGGCCAACUUCUCCCUUGCCACCAUCAGCAAAAACAUUACCAGCAGUCUUCACGUUGGAUUUGUGAACAUUUCCGGCAAUGAGUCUACUUUUAAUUGCUCACAUAAGCCAUCAGAUAAGCAUUUAGAUGCAAUUCCUGUUCUCUAUUACAUUAUUUUUGGGGUUGGAUUUCUUGUCAAUACUAUUGUGGUUACACUGUUUUGUUGUCAAAAAGGUCCUAAGAAGGUUUCCAGCAUUUACAUCUUCAACCUAGCUGUGGCUGACUUACUUCUUUUGGCUACUCUUCCUCUCUGGGCAACCUAUUAUUCUCAUAGAUAUGACUGGAUCUUUGGACCUGUAAUGUGUAAAGUUUUUGGUUCUUUCCUGACCCUGAACAUGUUUGCAAGCAUUUUUUUUAUCACCUGCAUGAGUGUUGAUAGGUACCAAUCUGUCAUUUACCCCUUUCUGUCUCAAAGAAGAAAUCCCUGGCAAGCAUCUUAUAUAGUUCCCCUUGUUUGGUGUAUGGCUUGUCUGUCCUCAUUGCCAACGUUUUAUUUCAGGGAUGUCAGAACAAUUGAAUAUUUAGGGGUGAAUGCUUGCAUAAUGGCUUUCCCACCUGAGAAGUAUGCCCAGUGGUCAGCUGGGAUUGCUUUAAUGAAAAAUAUCCUUGGUUUUAUUAUCCCUUUAAUAUUCAUAGCAACAUGUUAUUUCGGAAUCAGAAAACAUCUACUGAAGACCAAUAGCUAUGGGAAGAAUAGAAUAACUCGUGACCAAGUUCUGAAGAUGGCAGCUGCUGUUGUUCUGGCGUUCAUCAUUUGUUGGCUUCCCUUCCAUGUUCUGACCUUCCUGGAUGCUCUAGCUUGGAUGGGUGUCAUUAAUAGCUGUGAAGUUAUAGCAGUCAUUGACCUGGCACUUCCUUUUGCCAUUCUCCUGGGAUUCACCAACAGCUGCAUUAAUCCCUUUCUGUAUUGUUUUGUUGGAAACAGGUUCCAACAGAAGCUCCGCCGUGUGUUUAGGGUUCCAAUUACUUGGCUCCAAGGCAAGAGAGAGAAUGGUUCAUGUGGAAAAAGCAGUUCCUUUAGAGAAUUGGAGACCUUUGUGUCUUAAACGUGAGAGUGGAAUACAUGUUAUCAAUAUGGCUACUUGGCUUAAAAGAUCUCCCUGAAUUAUCUUUUGAUGGCUUUAGUAAAAUAACAAAUUUUUCCCCUUAAUGUAAUCUUUUCUCAGACUUCUAGAACAGGAAACCAAAUGUACCUCUUAAGUUUUAUCCUCCAGUGACUUUCAAAAAUUGCCUCCUUUUUUUCCCUUCCUUGUCUAUC